CACACACACACACACACACACACACACACACACACACACACACAAUGAAAAGAAUUUAAGGUCAGAAUGUCGUUCUGGAAGCACAGAGGGCAAUCCUCUUCAGAGAGGAAGUGGAUGCCCCUCACUAACAGCUCUCGGCCACACCGUCCCGAAGGCCGGCGAGUGAGCAGGCGGCUUGCUUCGUCUCUUACCCUACUGUUUUCUGGAAUUGCUGCUAGUGGCCCCCAGAACUCGCCCCAGGGCUUGAGGUUGGUUUAUUUUUCUCAGUUCUGGGAACUGAAUCCAGGAUCUGUCCAUGCUAGGUCAGGGCUCUGUCACAGAUACCACCGAGCUCCUCUUCCUUCAUCCUAAAAUCCCCAAUGGCAAGGUUGAGGCAGGAGGAUUGUGAGAGUGAAACCAGUCUAGGUGACCUACUGGGAUCCUGCCUUAAAGUAAAAGAACAUAUAUCGGGAUGUAGUUCAGUGAAGGGGGCCUUGGGUUCGGUUCCCAGUACCGCAGAGACAAGCAACCCCAAAUAAAAACAGCCUGCCCUGAAGGCUCACACCUGUAAUCCCUGCACGUUGGAGGCUCAAGCAGGAGGAUUGCUGGGAGUUUGAGGCCAGCCCGGAUGGCUACACGGGAGACCUUGUCUCAAAAAAAGCCAAUAAAACAAGCAUGCUCUCCAUCAUGGUGCCCUGUGCUAUUCCUCAGCCCAAGAUCCCACUGGGUCCCUUGGCCUCCAUGUGGCAAAGCAACAGGCUUCUGUCCCCUGACCCUCCCGACUGUUUCCAGUCACCACACCUUGCGCCAUGCCUCUUUCCUGUGUGUGACAGCAGCAUCUCUAGCUCCGCUGCCCAGAUGCACUUCAGAUUCCAGGUCUGCCAUCUGCCCACAUACACUGACUGGGUUCUGCCUCCCCCCAUACUCCUCGCCAGUGUGUGGGUCUCCUGAUGCUUCCCUGGGGAGGUGGAGGAUCGUGUGGGUGGAAUGGCUGGUGGGAUUUUGAUGGAAGCGAGAGCCGGUCCUGUGGCUAUGUGGUGUAGUGUGUGGUGAGGUCGAUCAAACCACGGCGUCCCGGAGCAGAGCCAGCCAUCUGUCUGGCAGGCGGUUUGGGAUUUGAGAGCUGCGGGUUCAGAUGGGCUGGGUCCUGCUGAUGUUAUGGGAGAGGGAGAUGCCCAGGGCAUUUGGAAAGCAGCGUUGGCAGGACCUGGCAGGUAGCUAUGAGGGAAUGAAGGGAGGAGGAGGAGGAGGCAAGAAUGGCCCCCAGCUGGCUCGGCUGACUACAGAAAACUACUGAUGAGUGCAUCUUGGUGCUGCCCUGUCCCCUCUUCCCGGACUGUCUUCAGUUACCUCCGUGUGUCUGUCUGUACCCCCCCCCCACCUCUCUCCAUUCCUCACAAACAAGCAGGCCUCCAGCUUGCCACUACUACUGUAGUCAAGGUGGUUGCCACAGCAGUUGACAUCAGUGCUCUGGUCCCUAAGGAGCCUGUCACCCUCCAGCCUGCCCGCAGCUCGGCAUUGCUACUUCUGCAAGGAACAGGCAGGAGGUAGUUGGGCACACACUCACGGGUCUCCUGUUCUGAGAACUGGGUGGGGCCAGAGAGGGCCAGUGGCGAAAAGGAGAGGCUGGAAAGGGAGGCGGGUCUUCGGGUGGCCUCUUCAGGCACCUGAGGUUCCAGCCCACUUGGUUCCUUGACGUCGGUGGGAGCAGUGGCAAGAGCUGUAGCACUUGGGCCAUGGCAGAGGACGGGCCGCAGAAGCAGCAGCUGGACAUGCCGCUGGUUCUAGACCAGGACCUGACCAAGCAGAUGCGGCUCCGUGUGGAGAGCCUGAAGCAGCGUGGGGAGAAGCGGCAGGAUGGCGAGAAGCUGCUCCGGCCGGCUGAGUCUGUCUACCGCCUUGACUUCAUCCAGCAGCAGAAGCUACAGUUCGAUCGCUGGGAUGUGGUUCUGGACAAGCCGGGCAAGGUCACCAUCACGGGCACCUCGCAGAACUGGACGCCCGACCUCACCAACCUCAUGACGCGCCAGCUGCUGGACCCUGCUGCCAUCUUCUGGCGCAAGGAAGACUCCGACGCCAUGGAUUGGAAUGAGGCCGAUGCCCUGGAAUUUGGAGAGCGCCUGUCUGACCUGGCCAAAAUCCGCAAGGUCAUGUAUUUCCUCAUCACCUUUGGCGAGGGCGUGGAGCCUGCCAACCUCAAGGCCUCCGUGGUGUUUAACCAGCUCUGAUGACCAUCCCUGGCUGCCCUGCCUCUGGCCCACAGCUCUCCCUCGCCUGAACGUCCUUCCUCGUGUGUAUUUUGGGGACAUUCUUCUAGCUGCUCCUUCUGUGCUUGACUUGGCCAGAGGCCCCCUGAGUCCUACAUGCCCCCCCUUUGGUGCCAGUGCCGUGGCUCACAGGGAUGUCCCCUGGCUCCGUAGUCUAGAAGCUAGACACCGCUACUAUAGACAAUAGAGGCCUUUGUGGGCAGAUGGCUGGGCAUCCUGGACAUCUGCCGUCUCUGCUUCAUUGUGGUGGAGAGAGGGGAAUUGAGAGACCAAGAGCUCCAAACAACCAGCCGCUGAUUUCCUUCAGGCACGGGAGACUGAGACAAGACAGGAACUGCCUUCUGGGGAACCUGGCAAGAGGGCAUUUGCCUGCUGGCCAAAGCUGGAGUCGGGAGGUGAACGCCCAGGGGCACUCUGGCAGCGGGAGGGUGCUGCCAGGGUCAGUGUCCCCCUGCUGUGACCUCAGGGCCUUCAAGACGCUGGGCAGGAUGACAGCCAGGCUUGGUCUGUCUGGCAGAGGGUAGCCAGCUUUGCAGGCCUGGCCCAGGUUUCUGUGGAGAAGGUAAAGGACAUGUAGACGCUACCCACACAUACAUAUAUAUAUAUAUUGAGAGAUGGCAUGCUAUAUUUGUAUGGCUGCAUGCCCGAGGGCGAAUACUAGUCAGGAAUUAGGCUAACUUUAGUUCAGUUGGUACUGUUCCUGGGCAUGGUGGAGGUAACCCUGGCUGAGCCCUCCUUGGUGCAGGGCUUCCUGAACUGGGAGACUGAGGCUCAAUUGGUGAAGCAGAGAACUGAGUUAGAGGGGUCCAGGGCUCUGAGCCAGGAACACUGAUGUCCCUGUUAGGAUGGCUGGCCUUUGCAGCUCUCUGGUCAGGAACACGGGUGUUGUGUCCUGCAGUCACCUCUCUGGGCAUUUACUGGUUCUGCUGGAGCGGAAGCACAUGGGUGAGGCUUGGGGGCAGGUAUGAUGUCUGAGUCUAAAGUGGGUUAAAGGUGUUCAGAUGGGAUGCCUAACACUGGCUUCGGAGGCUAUCCAGGAAAGCCCACUCACCAAACUGACGGGGAAACUGAGGCACAGUUAUCGGCAGAUUCAGUCCUGCCCCAAAGCCUCAUUUCCCUUUGAGGAGAAGCCUCACCUGCCACCUAGCAUCCGCCAGGGGUACCUCAGCAAUGCCACCCGCUCUGUUUCAAGGCUGCCUCCAUCUGAGGUACCAGUGCAUCAAGAUCUGAAGGUAGGAGCCGUUCCAGCGGGUUGGGCGGCCAGGAGGGCAAGCCCCGGCUCAGAGUCAGGAUUCUGGAGGGAGGAGAUAGGCUGUGGCACUGGCUGUGGUGGCUGUGCUCUGUCGCAUGCUUGCAGAAGCACCUGCUAGUGCGUCUAGACGCUGCCGACUCUAGGAAGCCAUGCCUAGGCAGGGGCUGUCCCUUUCUGCUUCUCUUUCUGACCUCUCCCUACCGCUCUCGAGACCCCUUUGGGUCACACUGCCCGUCCUCCAAUUCUGUCUCACCCCAUUUGCCCUGUGGGGACCUGAGUGUCUCUGCUGUGCCUGUCCUGUGUCCCCAAUAAAGACUGUGUGCCCUCCCCUU